AUGGCAACAAUUAAAUACAUCGGCCGCACAACGGAUUUUCGCGGCAAAACGUUAUGGGAAAUUGUGGGAAAUCUUAAAAACUUUGGCGUUGGGCGUGUCGUUGUGAGAAGCAUGUUCGAACGCUAUCCAGAGCCAAGCUUCAUGAAAAUAGUGAAAGUUGAAGCACUACCGAACGAGGAACCUGCAAGAAAGGUGCGUGUCACUGUGGAGAAAACUUUCCGUGGUCAAAAGAGUCCCAACUUGGUGCAGAUUGAGAGCGUUUCAUACAAAGCCGACUACCGGUUGCUGUCAAAACACGAAGAAGAAUCAUACUGUAAGUUGGUGGAACGACAGGUGAAGAUAUUCCCGCGGGAAAUUGAGCUGCCGCCACUGUUGAAAGAAUUCAUCGCUCGCGAAACUGGUAAACCUGUCCCAAAAGUUCCCAUCAAGCUAAAAGUCGGUCGGGAAAGCAGAUAUCGCGUGGCGAAGGUAGAUGAAAAGCCGACAGUUGAGGUUACGAUGAACAUCGGCAAACCGGCGAGCCCUAGCUUGUACGCCAACUGUGAACUGUAA